UCUCAGGGAACGGGAGGAAGACAAAGAAAUGGCUGAGUUUCUAAAGUCCAAAUUACCAAAAAGCUCUCAAUCCAAGAAUGUUCCUCGCAGUGGGAGGAGACUCGCCAGAGACCCACAGAGUUCUACUCCCUUUGUAACCAAGACAGGCCUCACUUUGCUGAAGGAGUGCUGUGGAUUCACCUGCUCUAUAAUGUAAAAGACACAUUUUCAGCAGGAACACAACGCAAUUCUAGAGCCUUGGAUAAAGAUGACCUUUUAAUGACACCAGGAGACUCAAAGAGCAUGGUGUGAUCCAACACUGGAGGUUUCUGAAAGACAAAGCUACUGUAUCCAUUUGUAUGCUAAAGAAUAGCAGGCUUUUUCAUUGCGUCUCUCUUCUUUCAGUUUCUUUUUCUUGCUUUAAACAUCAUAUUUCUUUUUAUUCCUCUUUCAAAGAUCCUGUUUCAUUCUAUUACAGAGAACAUUUUGUGCUCUCUCCAGAGUUCUGCUGUCAGCUGCUCAGCUGGUUUGCUGUCAUUCCUUGCACUUAUCUUUUUCCUCAUGAGACAUUGCUAUAGCGCUGCAGUACCUGUGAGUUUAUAAUUUGUAAAUGUUUACAUUUCAGUAGAGAUUCCAUACCGACUGCAGUUUCUCAGUCAGCCCAGGUUUAUUUACAUAUGUGUCUGUGAAAAGAUAUUGCUUUAUGCCUGUUUCAUGACAAAUAAAGCACUAAAAUCGUGCUCAAUUUUA